AUGAUAGGCACAUGGAAUAUAAGGGGUCUAAAUGACCCAAUAAAACAGUCAGAAAUGAAAAAUCUGAUUGUUAGUAAGAGCUUGUAUGCUAUGGGAAUUUUGGAAACAAGAGUUAGGCCAGUUAACUUUGAUAAAGUUUGGAAGAGUUGUAAGUUGUUCAAAUGGAAUGUUAUAAACAACAAUAGUUUCUCUGAGUUGGGCAGAAUUUGGAUAACUUAUGAUCCUGCAUUAAUCCAAAUUAGCAAUAUUACUUAUUCAGCUCAAUGUAUUCAAUGUGAAGUAAAUUGGGAGAAUAAUGAAUUUUUAUGGUCUGUUGCUUAUGGAUCAAAUGAUGAGAUUGACAGCAAAAAUUUAUGGAGGGAGCUUAUGAAUUUCAGAUCUACUAAUAGAGGUCCUUGGUUGGUAAUGGGUGAUUUUAAUGCCAUGACUAAUGCAGGGGAGAAAAUUGGAGGUAAUGACAGUUUUGAGCAUAGUGGAGAGGAUUUUCUUCAGUGCAUAAAUGAUUGUAAUCUUAGUGAGUUAAAGAAAUUUGGGUGUGAGUUCACUUGGACAAAUAAUCAAGCUGGAGAAGCCAGAAUCUGGAGGAAACUAGAUAGGGCUCUGAUAAAUUCUGAAUGGUUGGAUAGUUAUGGUGAUUCAGACUAUGUUGCUCUUAAUGCAGGAGUUUCAGACCACUCUCCUUUGAUAGUUACAAUCAACAAGACAGUUAAUAAAGGGGCUAAGCCUUUUAAGUUCUUUAACAUGUGGAUGGAUAAUGAAAAAUUCAUUGACAUUCUGAAAGAGGUUUGGGGGGUGGAUGUGACAGGAUGUGCUAUGUUCAAUUUGGUUCAGAAGCUUAAGAAUCUAAAGGUCAGGUUGAAAGAUCUAAAUCAGAAUCAAUUUUCUGGGAUUUCUCUUAAAGUUAAGGAGAGUAGGAAGCUUUUGGAGGAGUUGCAAAAUAAUCUCCAGAAGGAUCCUUUAAAUGAGGAUUUGCUUAUGGAAGAAAGGGCAGUUUCUAUUCACUACAAGAAUUGUCUGAAUGCAGAAGAAAAGUUUCUAAAACAAAAGUCCAGAAUCUCUUGGUUAAAGCUAGGAGACAGUAAUAACAAGUUCUUCCACAAUUCUGUUAAAGUCAGAAGAUGCAGGAAUAGAAUAACUAAAUUGGUUGAUGCCAAUGGGAAUGAGCUGAAGACUCAGGAAGAGAUUAGUGAUGCUAUGGUUGAUUUUUAUGAAAAGCUGUUGGGGAAAUCAUAUCAAAGGAAUCACCUAGAUCCUAACAUUGUUGACAGAGGUCCAAAAUUGGGGGAUAUAGAUUCUAAUAGUCUUGUUACAGCAGUUACUCAAGAAGAGAUUAAAUGUGCUAUGUUCUCUAUUAAUAAGGCCCCUGGGCCAGAUGGCUAUUCUAGCCUGUUCUUUCAGAGAAACUGGAACAUAGUGGGAGGAGAUGUUGUUAAAGCAAUCCAAGAGUUUUUUUUCUACAGGAAAGCUUUUGAGCCAGUCAUAGCCAUGAGACUUAGUAGAUGCAUCAGUUCCUUAAUUAGUCAAAGCCAGUGUGCUUUUAUUCCAGGUAGAAGGAUUAUUGACAAUGUUCUUUUGGCCCAUGAACUUGUGCAUGAUUACCCUAAUGAAAGAGGUGUUGCUAGCUGUGCCAUGAAAGUAGAUCUAAGGAAAGCCUAUGAUACUAUUGAGUGGGAUUUCUUAGAGGAAUUGCUGUUAGGACUUCAGUUUCCUAGAAGGUUCAUAGAGUGGAUCAUGAUUUGUGUAAGGACCCCUAGGUACUCUGUUUCCAUAAAUGGAUCUUUGUAUGGCUAUUUUAGGGGUGGUAGGGGAAUCUUUCUGAGAUUGGAAGCAGGAAUUGUUUCAAACAUCACAGAGGUUGAGGCUCUGAAACUAAACCAUCUCAGCUUUGCUGAUGAUCUCUUUCUCUUUUGUCAUGGAGAUUUGGCUUCAGCUAAAUGCCUGAGGGAAAGUUUAACUCACUUUCAGGAGGUGUCUGGUAUCUGUGUCAAUAAAGAUAAAAGCUCCAUUUUUUUCUGCAAUGUUCCUGCUGAUCAGAAAAGGAGUAUUUUAGACCACAUGGAGUUUGGAGAAGGUUACCUUCCUGUUAAAUACUUAGGGAUGCCUCUAAUAUCCAGGAGGCUUACUAAAGAUGAUUGCCAAAAAGUAAUUUUAAAAAUUACUAACAGAAUAUCUGCCUGGAAUGUUAAAUAUCUCUCCUAUGCAGGAAGAUUGCAGCUCAUUAACUCGAUCCUUCCUUUGGAAAGGCAGCUCAUCUGGAAGGAAGUAUGGUGGUAUUGCCUGGGAUACAGUUUGCCAGAACAAGAAGAGUGGUGGUCUAGGGAUAAAAAAGUAGAUAUUUGGAAUACUGCUGCUGUGAUGAAACAGGUUUGGAUUAUGUUAACUGAUAAAUGCUCUUUGUGGCCUCAUUGGGUUAUUCAUAAUAAACUCAAGAAGCUGAGCUACUGGGGCAUUACAAAGCCUUACAAAGCAUCUUGGAGCUGGAGGAACUUAGUUAAGUUGCGAAGUAUAGCUAAGGAUCUUUUUGAGUAUAAAGUUGGCAAUGGUAGGGAUACUUACUUCUGGUUUGAUCCCUGGGUUCAUGGUAAAUCUGUGCUAGAUGUUUUCCCUAGAAUCAGCAUAGAAGAUGCAGACAUUCCCAAGGAUGCAAGAAUUGCUGACCUAUACAGGAAUGGUACCUGGAUCCUCCCAGAUGCAGCAGAUGAGGUGACCCUUAAUGCUUGGGAGUUCCUCAGAAACAAUUUCAUAGUUAACAGCCAGGAGAGUGAUAAGGUGAUGUUCCUAAAGAAGAAUCACUUUACCAUAAAAGAUACUUGGAAAUUCCUCCUCCCUGAUUCUCCAAAGGUCUCUUGGUAUUCAUUGUUAUGGAAGGGUCCUAAUAUACCUCGGUAUAGUUUUAUUACUUGGAUUGCUAUCCAAAAAGGUUUGAACACUAGGAAUAAACUCUUCAGGUGGGGCUCUGUAAACAGUUCCAGGUGUGUUUUAUGCAAUGAUGAUUCUGAAACUAUUGAGCAUUUGUUUUUCCAUUGUAAAUUCUCUGAUGUUGUCUGGAGGGGAGUUCUGAAAGGCUGUGGCAUUCGCAGAGAUCUUUUAAGAUGGGGUAGAGAAAUCAGUUGGUUUACCAGGAAGUUCAAAGGCAGGAAUUUGAGAAAUAGGUUGUGCAGAUUGGCUUUCUGUGCAGCUGUUUACUACAUUUGGAUAGAGAGGAAUGAUGCAGUCUUCAAAGGUUGCAGGCCUAGGGAUAGUGAAGUUAUAAAGAAAGUCAGAUUUGCUGUUUGUAGUAGACUUAAUCUCAGUAUUGAUACUGAUGUAAAUAGCUGUUGGAUGUAA